AUGCGCCUGAUCAUUCGAGAAACACAAGACCAAACAGCACAAUACAUUGCUGAUUAUAUAAUUAAACGAAUCAAUGCCUUUGCGCCCACAGCAGAACGACCUUUCGUCCUCGGACUACCUACAGGUAGCAGUCCACUAGGCAUAUAUAAGGCCCUCAUCGAAGCAUACAGCCAAGGCAAAAUCUCGUUUCGCAAUGUGGUGACGUUCAACAUGGAUGAGUACGUGGGUUUGCCGCGCGAACAUCCGGAAUCGUAUCACUCGUUCAUGUUUGCGAAUUUCUUUAGUCAUGUUGAUAUCGACUCGAAGAAUGUCAAUUUACUGAACGGGAACGCGCCGGAUUUGCGUGAAGAGUGUCUUUCAUACGAAGCGAAGAUCAAGGCUCUUGGUGGAAUUGAGCUGUUCCUUGGCGGAGUCGGUAGCGAUGGACAUAUUGCAUUCAAUGAGCCUGGUUCGAGUCUGGCUAGUCGCACAAGAAUCAAAUCUCUAGCUCAUGAGACCAUUGUCGCCAACGCGCGCUUUUUCAAUAAUGAUUUGAGUCUGGUGCCGCGGAUGGCUCUCACGGUGGGUGUGCAGACAAUCAUGGAUGCGAAGGAGGUGGUCAUCAUUGCGUCGGGAACCGCAAAGGCGCCUGCUAUCCAACAAGCAAUUGAAGGAGGUGUUAGCCAUCUAUGUACGUUGUCGUGUCUGCAGCUUCACCCCUGCAGUAUGGUGGUUGUGGAUGAGGAUGCGACUAUGGAACUCAAAGUCAAGACGGUGAAGUAUUUCACGAGUGUCGAGCGAACCAUCCUGCAACAAGGUCUAGACGACGAACCCCCCAAGAAACGCGUCGAACUCACUCUCGACACUAAUAUAUCAAAAGUCCCACUGGAGGGCGACCUGACUCCAGACAGCAUGUCAUCUCGCAUCGGAGAACAGAAAUUCUUCGUCCACAGAUCAGCUACCAUCCCAUUCGCAUUAUCCUAA